CUGAUUAACAAAUCAGUAACCUGCUGCUGCCGUGCCGACCGAAGUACGACCUCUCCGAACCCCGUGAACCACUUCUGUGUCACCGCGGCUCAAGAUACACGAUGCGGCAGUACCUCUUGCUGCUGUUGUUCGCUGUCGCGUGCCAGUCGGCCACUGUAAGCGACAAGGAACCGGACAGUGACCACCAGGAGAAGCUGGGGUUCUGUACCCUAGAGUGCCCUGGGUACGAGGUGUUGUGCACCCGGGACGGUUAUGAGGUCCGGAGGUACGAGAGCUCGGUGUGGGUGACGACUGUCGUCACGGACUUCAGCUACGUCACGGGGACAACACGGGCGUUCUGGAGGCUGUUCAACUACAUCACCGGGGAGAAUGAAGGAGGCCUGACUAUCGAGAUGACCCAGCCCGUCCUGGUCACCAUCCCCAAGGAUAAGGACGGCUGGUUCUACCGCGAUUACGUCGUCGCCUUCAUGAUUCCCAGGGUGCACUGGGAAAACCCUCCGCUGCCGACAGACUCAACGCUGAACAUAGAAAGCCGGCCGGAGGAGGUAGUGUUUGUCCAGUCGUCCUCCGGCUGGCUGACCGGCUGGAGCGCCGACACGAUGCAGGAGGACUUGGUCGGGAAGCUGCAGAGGAACGGAGAGGUCUUUACAGAUGAAGGAGUCAUCACCGCUACGUACCAGCCCCCCUACCAGAUGACCGACCGGCACAACGAGGUCUGGGUUCUGGGUGGAGACGGAUACAUCCGGGGCUCCUAUAUCCCGUCAUGCCUCAAGGAAUCGAACGUCGGUGACGUCAUCCCCGUCCAGGACGUUCCUGAGGGGUGUGACGUCAGGGAAUGCGCGCCCUUCUCAACAGUUGAGAGGAAGACUUCCAGUAACUUCAUCGAGAGGACCAUGGCGCCCACUAAGGGCGUGUGUAUCACUUCCAGCCCGGGAGAAGACUGGGAGGCGGGAACCUACCGGACCUACCUGCCGCUGUACAGGUACCUGGACGGGGAGAACAGCCGACAGGCUAAGAUAGAUGCGACACUGUCAACCUUCAUGAUGAUGCAGACGGAUACCUUCCUUUGUGAAGACUGUGCCCAGACCGUCACCACGUGUCUCACGCUACCGAAGGCGGCCUAUGACAACCCGCCGCAGCCGAAGGAUGGAAGGCUAUUCGUCUACGAGGCACCUACAAGUAAUUUCUACCUCAUGGCGUUUUCUGGUUAUCCCACCAAGAAACAUAUGGGUAAGAUGGCGGCGAAGUUCAUGACUAUUCUGGAUGAAGAAAGCGUGGAAUAUACGAAGGACAUGUUCUUUGCUACAGGGUACGAUGACUUUGCAGCUAACAACUACACGGAGAUCGCCUUAAUGAAGGGGAAACCAGACGACUCGAUUACACCGGAGAUGUGGGAGAAGAUCGCUGGUGCAGGGAACACAGAGAAGGAAGAGACGAAUACCGAGGCGGAGGACGAUCUAGACAUUCUCCCCGCCAGCCGUGUACAGGACGUGCCGUCCGGGUGCCAGGGGCGGGAGUGUCCCGUGUUCAAGAUCGUCAGGACUUUCGACGGGUUCGUCGAGAGAGCCACCAAGAAAGCUAAGUACGCGUGCAUGAACACUGUGUCCGGCUGUGACUACGAGAGCGCCAGUCUGAAGGCAGUCUACCGGCUGAUGGACUAUCUGGGCGGGCAGAACUCCGAGGGGAUCACGAUGGAGACACCAUCGCCGGUCGUUACCUGGAAUGACCUAACCAACCUUGAGAUGGGAGACUCCUGUGGGAAGAAAUACAAGACGUGCGUCAUCCUUCCCGAGAUGCAUCAGGACAACCCGCCGACGCCCACAAACGACGAGGUGUACGUGUACAACAGCCGUGGGCCGCACGUCUACGUCAUGCCCUUCGGCGGGUACGCGACUGACGACAAGAUAGAACAACUCGCAAGGACGUUCCAAGAUCGACUAGAUGCCGCCGGUGUACCAUACAAAACGAAGUACUUCAAGGUUGUCGUCUAUGACGGGCCACAGAAGGCAGAACGGUACAACGAGAUGUGGUUCGCUAAACCACGGAAUGACGAGGACGAGGAUGUGAAAUUCGAUGUUGACACCUCCACCUACAAGUCAGCCACCGUGCCCGCGGUAACAUUCAUGUGGGACAGAAAGUGUAAGAGUUCGGACUGCCCGACAUGUCCGGAGUGUCCGGACUUCCAGGUCAUCAAGAGCUUCAACAACUUCGACGAAAGGCUGACGCCUCAAGGCACUUGGGUGGACAAGAAGUUCCUGGGCUGUUCCAGUAAGCAGGGUCCCCCCGAAAUGUUGCCGCUGUUCCGUUACAUGACCGGCACCAACACCGGACGCGUCUCCAUGGAGAGGACCUCUCCUGUGAUGACUGUGCUGUGGCAGAAGGACAACAGUAAGUUUGGUUGUGACAAGGACUUCCACGUCGCCUUCUGGGUUCCUGAGGAACAUGACCAAGGAAACCCUCCUUACCCCAUCGAAGAAGAUGUAACUUUAUACAAGACUCAGGGAUACACUGCCUAUGUGAGGAGCUUCAUGGGACCCAAACCAAACGACUCGGACCUCAUUCAGAUGACUAAGUCAUUCAUGAGCGCACUGGAUGGAGCUGGGCUCAAGUACAAACCUGACUGGAUCAAGCUUCUGGAGUAUGACGGACCAGAAGUAGAGCCGGAAAAGCGGCUGAACGAGCUAUGGAUGGUGAAGAAGGAAGAGUAAACGUCAAGGACUACGUCAAUCCCAGCAAUGACUUUAACUGUUAAAUCAUCUUAAUUAAUUGAGUUUACAUAAGUUUGAGAAUUGUAAAGGAUGGCUGUGUCUCUUAUCUGUAUUUUCUUUUAAACUCUGAAUAAACAACAGCUCAGUGAGAUUUACAUGA